AUGGUCAGGCUUUGUAUUAUUUGCAAUAAGGAAAAGGCAAUUGUUAAAAGACCAAAAACAGGGCAACAAGCGUGCAAAGAGUGUUUUUAUUAUGUAUUUGAAACAGAGGUGCAUAAUACAAUUACAGACAAUAAAUUAUUUAAGAAGGGUGAUAAAGUUGCAAUUGCAGCCUCAGGAGGAAAAGAUUCCACAGUGUUAGCUUAUGUUUUAAAACUUUUGAAUGAAAGAUAUAAUUAUGAUUUAGAUUUAUUCCUUUUAUCAGUUGAUGAGGGAAUAACAGUUUCAUAUAGUGAGUUAUAUGGAUGGAGUAUGGAUCAAAUAGUUAAAGAGGUUGGAUUAAAGAAUAAUUGUACAUUUUGUGGUGUAUUUAGACGUCAAGCUUUAGAUCGUGGAGCUGCACUAUUGAAAGUUGAUCAUGUAGUAACAGGACAUAAUGCAGACGAUAUUGCAGAAACAGUUUUGAUGAACACUAAAUUAUCUCGUUUUAAUUUUUUUAUAAUUGCAUCCAAUCAUGGUUCUAGCAAGAAAACAAUUCGGCGGGCAUAUGCAACAUCGUGUGGUUAUCAUGGUACCGAUGGACAUAUUCAAUUACAUAAACCUAGUUAA